AUGACGACUCCCUGUGGACACCAAUGGAAAAGAACACUAUUGUGUCCGAGACUGCUUGCGAUGCGUUUACUUCUCGUGAUCGGACUGCUGCAAGAAGCAGCCUCCUUUUCCACUGCUGGCUGUAGCAAUCCGGCAAGUUACAGAGCAAGACCAGCACUUGGGCUUGUACCGUUGCUGCUGCCAACGACAGUACGGCUCAACACCAAGGCUCGACCCGUUCUCGCUAAAACUUUCCCGACCAUGCCUUGGUCAACACUCGCCGCCGGUUCGUCUGAUGGCAUCGCUCUGAGCGAUACUCGCCCUGAGAAACUGUGGCGGUUCUUCUGGCGCAGCUUAUGGAAGGGUAUGACCUUGCCAUUUCCGGCCCUACGUAGCAUGGUACUCGACGUAUCCCAGCCCCAGAACGCUUCGGUGGGUUUCCGGAUCCGCGAAAGCCUAGCGGCCAUCGUGGCGUAUCUCGGCAUCGGUGUACUCGCCUACUAUUGCGUCCUGGAACCGACCUGGACCGUCGUAGACGCCUUGUACUUUACCGUCACGUGCUUCACCACGGUCGGGUACGGGGAUCUAUGCCCUUCCACGCCGCAGUCACAGACCUUUACUGCGCUCUUUGGGAUCUUGGGUGUCGCCUUUUUGGGAGCAGCCCUCGCUACACUUUCGUCCAAGCUCGUACAGACCCAAGUCGAAGUACUCCAGGCUGUCCGAGAAACUUCCAAACAACGCAUCAAGGCCCUGUUUGAACAGGUGUCGCCUCUACCGAUGUCUGCAGCGACAACAUCGACAGCGACAACGUCACAUGUUUCCCAAAGCAAUUGGCAAAGCCCCGACUCUACCCGUACCGCGGAUACCGUGCUACUCUGGCGUCGCGUAAAUGCUCUCGUGUGGACACUAGUUAGGCAAAUACUUCCGCCCUUGCUGAUAAUUGUUGGUGGAGCGUGGCUCGUCCACCACCUGGAUGCUCCCACGAUGAUGACUCGACCAUGGCGUGAUGUCGUGUACUAUGCCGUUGUCACUGCUUCCACAAUUGGCUUUGGGGACAUUUGCCCCGUUUCCCAACGCGCAAAACUGGCGGCGGUCGUGUAUAUUCCGCUGGCUGUCGCUGCCGCGGGAGAGCUACUGUCUGGUGUGGCCACACGCAUACUGGAACGCCGGCAAAAACUCGUCUACCGACAACAGCUCCUCGCCGAUCUGACGAUUGACAAUCUGAAAGCAAUGGAUGCGAACGGGGACGAGAAAAUAUCGCGACAUGAGUACAUCCAAUUUAUGCUGAUUGAAAUGGGUAUCGCGGAUCAGCAAGAGUUUAACGAGCUGCAUCAGCAAUUUGAAAAGCUUGAUGUGGACGGAUCGGGCUUCCUCGAUAAGAGAGAUCUGGUAAAGAUGGCAAGAUCCCGUGGUGCCAAUGUCAAAGACUAA